AUGGAUGAACAUGUAGCAUCGAUGCCGAUUAUGAUAUAUUGCGAUGUACGGAGUACUCCAAAGGCGGCUUGGUUUCCAUUGGCACAGGGUCUCGACAAGAAUUACGAUGAUGGCAGCGGCAGCAGGUUUCACCUGGCUUCAGGGCAUCAACGCUCACCAUUCUUGAGGACAUUCCUCUUAAAAUUGCAAAGUGUCAUCGGUUCGCAUGGAUGAUGGGACUGGCCAAACCGUUCCAUGAACAGCCAAAAAGCGGAAAACAACGCUAGAAAGAGUCCUUCAAAGCGAGUGAGGCCUGAAAGUUUAUCCGUGGGGAACGGCCUAUCACCCAGGAAUCCGCUUGCCAGGGGUUGCAGAAUUAUUGUCUAGGAUAUUCUGAGCCGGAGUCUUUCCCCUCGCAAUA